CUGCUGCUGCGUCCCCGCCAUUACAUUUAACUGUACGCAAUCCGCAACUUUCGGUGACUGGCGUUUGUUACAAGUCGGCAUUUCGUAUAUUCGUGCCCGUUAUUAGUAAAGAAGGAAAACGUUCAGAAGAUGUUUCUAACGCGUUCGGAAUACGAUCGUGGCGUAAACACCUUCUCGCCGGAGGGAAGAUUAUUUCAAGUGGAAUAUGCCAUAGAAGCCAUAAAACUUGGCUCCACCGCCAUUGGAAUUGCAACAGGGGAAGGAGUGGUCCUGGCAGUGGAGAAACGCAUCACCUCUACUUUAAUGGAACCGACAACUGUAGAAAAAAUAGUAGAAAUCGACAAACAUAUAGGAUGCGCGGCAUCCGGUCUAAUGGCAGAUUCACGGACAAUGAUCGAUAGAGCUCGAGUUGAAUGUCAGAAUCAUUGGUUCGUUUACAAUGAAAAGAUGACGGUGGAGUCAACCGCUCAAGCCGUAUCCAACUUAGCCAUACAAUUCGGGGAUAGCGACGAUGAUGGUACUGCCAUGUCCAGACCGUUUGGUGUAGCGAUGUUAUUUGCUGGGAUCGACGAGAAAGGCCCACAAUUGUAUCACAUGGAUCCAUCCGGUACUUUCGUUCAGUUUGACGCAAAGGCUAUAGGUUCUGGUAGCGAAGGCGCGCAACAGAACCUUCAAGAAGUGUAUCACAAGUCUAUGACUCUUAAGGAAGCGUUGAAAGCUGCGCUAACAAUAUUGAAGCAAGUGAUGGAAGAAAAACUCAACGACACCAAUAUCGAAGUGAUGACGAUGACACCUGGGCAACUGUUUCACAUGUUUUCUAAAGCCGAAUUACAGGAGGUGAUUAAAGACAUUGCUUAAGAAUUUAUUGCAUAUGUAUGAGGUAUUGCGAAUACUUUCACUAUACGAAGUCACGGAAAGAAUGAAUGGAUUUCUUACAUGGAACAGCAUAAUUGUAAAUUAUACCUGCACUUUACACGGGGUGAA